AUGCUCUGGAACUCGCCCAAACACAAGCGCAGCUCCUCAGAAGAAUCUGACUCUUAUAACCAUUCUAUAUCAUCUCCAUCUAGCGUAUCAGCUCCUAGCCUACCAGAAGUGAGGCUACGUGAAGAAGAAGAGCUAGGGAGAUAUAGUCCUCGAGCGGCAGUUGCUGGUCGCCUAGGACAGCUGGCCAUACGUGGGGACUAUCUUCCGGCACCACAAUUUCUUAAUAGUAAUAUAAGCCAGUCAUCACUUGCGCAUUCUGCACAACCAGGAUGCUGGCCUACUUCCUAUAGCAGUUCCUAUGAUAUGCCCGAGACGAAUCCGCCGACAGAAGUCGCGGGUGGGCCUUUCGAAGCGACUUUCGGCAACCAGUCCCUAGAGAACAAUGCUACGCCAACGUCCUCCCCCAAGAAACAGGCGGCGCAGAGCCCUCGCAAGAAACGAAAUCCUCACAAGGCACAGCGAGCGCGCAGGAAAUCCCCGCCUCCCGCUAACAGUGCCGCUGACGACUCGCUUACAUGGCACGACUCCGAAAUAACUGGGCAUGACCCAAGUGACCCGAGCGACGAUGGAUACGGUAUAAAUGGAAUCGGCUUCAAGCCCACUGCGGCAAUGGCCUGGGCCCGGUCACAGAAACGACAGAAGCAGCUUGCAGAAUGCAAGAAUCGUGAGGCAAGAGAAGCGCGAGAAAAACGAAGAGAACGACGAGACGGAAUUGAAUUCGAAAAGUUACGGACUAUUCAGUCGGGCGCCAUCCAGAAGAAAGUCAAAUUUGACGUUUAA